AGGUGGCAGUGCGGCUUAACCGCGGUUGCACCGUCGGACAUGUUAGAGCUGAAAGAGGCGACGAGUAAGUUCAAACUGAGGGCGUCUGACUUUGUGGCUCAGACAUAUGCCACUCUGGAAGGAGAAGAGCAAACGAAGGGCGUGAAGAGCAAGUAUGGCCGGCUGGCACACGACUGGAAGGCGGAGGAGAAGGCGGAAAGGGCCGUCUUCGACGACGGGACCAUGACGUAUUUCUGGAGAGGUCACACGAUGACCGUCCUUUUCACCCUGAUAAUCGGCUUGAUAUACGUGGCUACGGUGGAACCUGUCGAAACUGACUCCUUUUAUAAUACGAAGAGGGGUCUGAUAGCUGUGAUAAUCGUGUUCGUCCUCGUCGGCGUGACCGUGACUCCCGACGGCCCCUUCCGCCGGCCCCACCCGGCCAUCUGGCGGUUUGCCUUCUGCUGCAGCAUAGUCUAUGAGCUCGCCCUCAUCUUUCUUCUGUUUCAGACGAGCACGGAUGCUCGAUUGCUUCUGAAACACGUCGAUCCUCAGCUCGGGGAGCCCCUGGCCGAAAAGGACUACGGCGGCAACUGUCGGAUAUACGACCCCGACAGACCCGAUGACCCCUUCCAUAAUGUCUGGGACAAGAUGGACGUGUUUGUGCCGUCCCACAUGUUCGGCUGGCUGAUGAAGACUCUGAUACUCCGUGACUGGUGGGUCUGCAUGGUCAUCAGCGUCAUGUUUGAAAUCCUCGAGUAUACCUUGGAGCAUCAGCUUCCGAAUUUCAGCGAAUGCUGGUGGGACCAUUGGAUCCUUGAUGCCCUGGUAUGCAAUGGUUUGGGGAUCUUACUUGGCUUGAUGGUUCUCAAUUAUUUUUCUCUCAAGACCUAUUUUUGGAGGGGUUUAUGGAAAAUUCGAACAUAUAGAGGGAAGCUUUCCCGUAUCAUCGGUCAGUUCGGACCAUACAGCUGGAUCGAUUUCGAGUGGAAGCCGACCUCCAGCCUCGGGAGGUGGAUGUCGAUGCUGGGGAUCAUCUUCAUGUUUCUGGUGACAGAACUGAACACUUUCUACCUGAAAUUUGUGCUCUGGGUUCCACCAGAGCAUUGGCUUAAUGCUGCGAGAUUAUUCUUCAUGCUUCUUUGGGGAGCUGUCGCUCUCCGUGAAACUUUUCAGUAUCUCGAUGAUCCUGAAUGUGAUGAAUUUGGCAGGCAGUCCUGGCUGGUGGCAGCCAUCGUGUCCUCUGAGUUUCUUAUUGUUGUUAAGUUUGGCUGGGAGACUGUCUCAAAGCCUUUACCUAGGUCAGUGGCCAUAUUUUGGCUUCUUGGGGUGGGCCUUUUGAUUCUGUGGACCGUCUGGAACUUCUUCCUGAAGGUGCAUCCAAGCGAGAAGAGGAAUUCCAAUUGGAAUCAUGUGGGCAAGGCAGAUUCUCAGAAGAGCGCCCGGGAAAAGCCAUCUGCCUUGCGCAGCCCCGGGGAAGCUCGGAGGACUCAGAGUCUCAGGCUGAGGCACCAUAGGAACACUAAGAUGAACUCUCAUCGUAAUGCUUAGAUCCAUUAUGUUUGAAGGAAUGUGCAUGCAUUCCAUCCUUUCCCUGUCAAAGUACACUUGUGAGUUGCUCAAUGUUUUUUUUUCCCUUUAAUGCAAACAUAUAUGAAAGAAAUAUAUAAAAAGUUAAUGGGAAAGAAAUGAGUCACUUGUUGCCGGAGACACGGGUCUCCCGGCUCGAUCACCCGGUGAAUGCAUCCGAAGCCGCACAUCGCGGAGCCCCAUUCGUCCCCUUGAGUUGUGUGCGUCACUGGGCUGCAUCGUCCUUUCUUCGGUCCGAGUCGCUUGUGCGAGCGCUCGAUCGCGCAGACCUGAUUAUUUAGGAAAAGAUCAAAUCUUGUGAUGCAACUGUGCUUGCCUUUUGUACAACUGUCACCCUCUUCCUUCAUUGAUCAGGUGUGUUUUCUAUGUGUCCCACCAAGCUCAAUGCAUGUUGAGUGUCCCUGUCACUUUAGAGAAUCUCUUCAAUGUCGCUUCUCUGCCGGACUUGUUCCACGUGGCGUUCUUUUUGCACAGCGACGCUUCCGGCUCCGAUGUCUCCGGUUUUUCCUCUGUGUGCAGCUCUUUUAACUCGUUCUUCCAAGGUUCCCCGUGGAAAAUCUGGAGAAGCGAGGGAAAAACUGGAUGCUCUAAGAAAUCAAACAAAUGACUUUUUCAUUUCCUGUUACCCAAUUUUUCUAAAUAAAUGGUGGAAAUUUUGCUGAAAAAAAAA